AGCGAAGCCAGCGUGGAAAGCAGAAUUUCGUGACAGUGCUACAGCCUCAGGGGAGAGAGGGCGGAAGCACGAUGGCAAUGGCGGGCAACACGAGCGCGGGCGACCUGCUCCUGUUGCAGGGGCAGAUCAAGCGGGACCCCGAGGGCUACAAAGACGAGUUUCUCAUGCAGUACCGGCACUACAAAGCGCAGCUUGGCAUCUUUUCCCUGCGUCCUAUGGGAGAGUCCAAGGACUUCGCCGAUUUGGUCAUGUUUUUGUCCCAGGUGGCCAUCUGUUACCCCAAGGACUUGGCUACUUUUCCCCAAGAGAUCAUGGACCUGCUAGACCAGCACAGCAUGAUUCUGGAUCAUGGCUUGCGCAAGACCCUUGCGCAAGCGCUAAUUCUUCUCAGGAACAAGCAGGUGGUCGGCCCCGCGACGCUGUUCCCGCUCUUCUUCCGCCUCUUCCGCUGCCCCGACAAGUCGCUCCGCCAGCUGCUCUUCUCGCACAUCGUGCACGACAUCAGCGCGCUCAACCGGAAGCACCGCGACGAGCGCAUGAACCGCUCGCUGCAAAACUUCCUCUACAGCAUGGUCAACGACGAGAACGAGACCGCCGCAAAGAAGUCGCUCGCGGUGCUGAUCGAGCUGCACAAGCGUCAAGUGUGGACGGACGCGCGCUCGGUAAACGUGAUCGCGAGCGCCUGCCAGCACAGCAAGUCGAGGAUCAUGAUCGCCGCCCUCAAGUUCUUCCUCGGCACCGACGAGCGCACCGACGACGGCUCCGAAUCCGAGUCCAGCGACGACGAAGCCCCAGGGGCAACCCCCGCUGUGCAGCCAAACAAGGAAGAUAUUUACAAAGCUUACAAAAAGGGGACGGGAAGCAGCAAGAAGAAGAAGCAGGCGAAAUUGAAGCGAGUGAUGCAGAGCUUGAAGAAGCAGCAGCGGUCGAAGGAGGGCGGGGGCGCCGUCAGCUUUGCGGCGCUGCAGCUGCUGAAUGACCCGCAGGGCUUUGUGGAGCGGCUGUUUGCGCGGCUGCGCGCGUGCAGCGAGCGGUUCGAGGUGAAGCUGAUGAUGAUGAACGUCAUCUCGCGCGUCAUCGGCGUGCACCGCCUGCUGCUGCUCAACUUCUACCCGUACCUCCAGCGCUACGUGCAGCCGCAUCAGCGUGACGUCACCCACCUCCUCGCCGCGCUCGUGCAGGCCUGCCACGACCAGGUUCCUCCCGACGCGGUUGAGCCCGUUCUGCGGCAGCUGGUGAACCAGUUCGUGCACGACCGCGCGCGCCCCGAGGUGAUGGCCGUCGGCCUGAAGACGGUGCGCGAGCUGUGCGCGCGCAUGCCGCUGCUCAUGACCGCGGACCUGCUGCAAGACCUCGCGCUCUACAAGAAGUCGCGCGAGAAGGCCGUCGCGACCGCUGCGCGCUCGCUCAUCUCGCUGUUCCGGGAGCUCGCGCCGUCCCUGCUUGAAAAGAAGGACCGCGGGCGCGGUGCCGAUCUCGAGGCCAAGCCCAAAGCGUAUGGAGAAAAGGAGGUUCCGUCCAGCGUUCCGGGAGCGGAGCUCCUGGCGGAACCGGACACGGAAUCGAGCGACGAAGAGGGAAGCGACGAAGAAGAUAGCGACGCGGAAGAACGGGUCUCUAGAAAGAGGAAGACUUUCGCGGAGGGAGAGGAGGAGAUCGGAAAAGAGGCUGAGGGGGAUCCCUCUAGAAAGAAGCAGAGAGUGCACGAGAGAGACGCGAAUGGGAGUCUGAAUGCGGAGUUUGUGGAAGGGAGAGAGAACGAGAGCGGGGAGGAAAGCGAGGGCUUUGAGGAUAUGGACUCGGACGACGAGGGGGCGGACUCCGACGCCGAGGAGGCGGGUUCCGGUGACGAGGCCGCGGAAUCCGGCGGCGAGGGAGCGGACGCCGGCUCGGACGACGAGGCAGGGUCGUCCGACGACAAUGACGAGCUUGCUGACGUCAUCGCGAAAAGCGGACCCGACGUGGCGGGUCCUAGCGAACCGGCGAACGACGGGACGCCGGCGGUCAACGCCUCGGCGAGCCUGCGCAGCUUGAAGCGCAAGGCGGCGGAGCUGUCGGCAGUAACGGUGGCGGAGGAUGACGUCAUCGCUGACGUCAGCGCGGACGGGAUUUUGUCGGACGAGGACUUCCGGCGGAUCCGGCGGCUGCAGGCGAAGAAGGCCCUGGAGGCGGCGAUGGCGAAGCACGGCGUGCGGAAAGUGAAGGGGAAAGAGGGCGACGCCGCACCGACCAAGGCCCGCGGGGACCUGAGCGAGCGGCGCGUGGACCCAGGGGACUUGGACGCAACGAUACGGAAGAAGCGGGAGAAGGAGCAACGUAUGGCGUCCAUCCAAGCCGGGCGCGAGGACCGCGGCCGGUUCGGGUCGUCCAAGGCGCGCGGCAAGAAGAAGUCGGGUGGCGCGAGCAACAAGGAGAAGCAGAAGGCGAAAAUGAAGCGCGCUCCGCUCGCGGCGCAGCGGGCCAAGCUCAAGAGCCGUGUCAAUCGGCGGAAAGAUUCGAAGGGUUUCAAGAAGAAGCUGCAGCGGGGCAAGAAGGCGUGGGGCAGCUAGUCGGGUUUCUUGUCGAACCGGCCCAGUAUGCGAUCAAGAGGCGUUCACAUUGAUGGGAAUCUGUAUCCGCUUGUUGAUGGUUCGAGCUUUGAGAUCACUCAUAUGGAAAGGCUGGCCAAUUCGAAGCUGGCAAGACUUGUGCCCAUUACAAUGCGCUAAAUGCACGUGAAAUCAUUGGCAGAGCACCUACUGGCUUUUCAAGAGCUGCUCGAGCUAACCAAAGAAAA